UCGAGACGCGUGCGCACGAGAGACGUCGCGUCAGUUAAACCAGAGUUCAGUGUGUGUUAAGAAUAUAGUCAGCUCCCUCAGAAAGUGAUCAUUAUGGAUAAACUCAAGUACAGCAAAUGUCCGCUCAAGAAGCGACCGAUACACGUCGAGGAAUCGCCACUCGAGGAUCAGUUGUGCCAUGACGAGGGACCCGUUGAUCUUAGCGUGGCUGCCGCUGCAGUGCCGAUCGAGCCACAUUGGAGCAUCAAAGAGGAACCCGAGCCACAGCCAGUGACCACAGAACUGCGUCGUCGCUUCGACGCUGCCAUGACACAGACCAAGGAGCAGCUAGCUCGUCGCAUUUGGGAAGAGACUCGAGAAAUCGCACGCGCCUUUCCCGAUGUCUUCACUCGCGAGGAGAUCGCCAAGAGUUUGGCUCGUUUGGGCUACGGCGACUUUGAGCUGCCGCCCGAGGAUGAGGUGAUGGAGCCAGAACACGAACGGAAUGUCGAAGAAGCUCGCAGUUAUGCCAGCAUUUCGCCACAGCCUCUGAUGCCGGGUCCCAUCAAAGUGGAGCCACACAACGAGGAACCGUUUGGUCUGCGCAACUAUAACAACAAUUUGAUGAAGAGCAUUGCCGACUAUGAGGAUUGCAUGAAGCAGCCACAGACGCUGGUCGAAACCAACUAUGCCGAGCCAGAGGAUUUAAGUUUGGCGCCGCAGCGUCGCGGACUAAGUGAGAAUGCCAAUCUGCAUAAUGUGGCACGCGCUCUGCUCAGCAUGCAACAUAUGGCGCCACAGCAGCAGCAGCAGCAGUUGCCACAACAGCCACAGCAGAUGUUGCAGGCCAAAGCACAGCAUCAACACGAUCAGGAUGUGGACUUUGAGGAUCAAGAGAAUCAGGAGAAUCAACUCAGUCUGAAGAUCAAGAGCAGCAACGAUCUGUACUAUCAGUGUCAGCAGUGCAACAAAUGCUAUGCCACCUACGCGGGUCUCGUCAAGCAUCAGCAGAGCCAUGCCUACGAGAGCACCGAGUACAAGAUCAUACGCAGCAACCCUGGCAACCCUAGUGCACCGAUUGUCGAUCAAACCGAGUUCUGCACAGAUCAGGCUUCCGCACUUAUUCAAGCUGCGAAUGUUGCCUCCGCUCAGUCCAUGCAGAAACCGGUGGGCGUGCCACGCUAUCACUGCAAGGACUGUGGCAAGUCGUAUUCCACCUACUCGGGUCUGAGCAAACAUCAGCAGUUCCAUUGUCCCUCCGCCGAGGGCAACCAGGUGAAGAAGGUCUUCAGCUGCAAGAACUGUGACAAGACUUACGUCUCGCUUGGGGCACUCAAGAUGCACAUACGCACACACACGCUGCCCUGCAAGUGCCCCAUCUGUGGCAAGGCUUUCUCCCGUCCGUGGCUGUUGCAAGGACACAUUCGCACACACACCGGGGAGAAACCUUUCAGUUGCCAGCAUUGCAAUCGCGCCUUUGCAGAUCGCUCGAAUCUUCGCGCACACAUGCAAACGCAUUCGGAUGUCAAGAAGUAUUCCUGCCCCAGUUGCACUAAAUCCUUUUCGCGCAUGUCGCUGCUGGCCAAGCACUUGCAAUCCGGCUGCCAAUCGGAGCAGGGCGCGCAUGCCUCAAGCGCUGGCUUCAAUCAGCAGCAGUUGCAACAGCAUUUGCAGGGCUACGAAGAGGCGCCGCAUCAACAUUACUAUGCGGGCAGCGUGGGCAGCAGCGGUGGAGAGGAAGAGGAAGCUCAUGAGUUCCAAAUUCCCGCGCCAGUCAGACAGAGCAUCUAUUAAAACACAAUUCUAUAUAUUAAGCAUUAGCUUUGUAAGUUCUCAAGUCAGUUUACAUACAUUCAACUCAGGAAUUCAGUGCCAAAAAUUAGUCAAGGCAAUUUUAUUGCUUGUUAGGUUCCACAUUAUUUAUAACUAUUAUUAUUAAUAUUAUAUAUUGAAAUCUUAACGAUUUUCGUAGGGCCAAGUCAAGGGUUAGCAUUAGUUGAGCAGUAGUCGCCAUUCGUUGUUAUCUGUCGUUUUGUUUAAAUUUGUUUGCCUGUAUAUUUCUUGUUGAAACUCAUCGUGUACAAAUCGA